AUGUCUGUAGAGGUAGGCGAUUUAAUCUUCUGCCGUAUCCAUGGAGACGAUGGGGAGGGAAUACCAGUGACUGCUUGGGUUGUUGAGCUAUUGGACGGUGACGCUGUUUGUGGUACUUCGGAAGCAGGUGCCAGUGAGAUCGAACAUAAGGUGACUGCCAAAGCUGGAGAGACAACCAUUGCUUUUCUUAGAGUUCCAGUGGGGGCCGUGGCAUGUUCUAAGCCGCCUUAUUGGGGCGGUCCUCGUGCGGGGGAUAUACCCUCGCUGGGUGCUUGCCGUGCAGCAUGGAAGAAAGCUCCGACCGGGCAACUUGUGAGCAGCGAUGCAGAACUGGAGCCCCAUCGACCCGCCAAGCCCGAGAAGAAAACCGCGCGCUUGGCGCAGGACCUGAAAGGUUGGGAGAAGUUGAUGCGGGGGGAAGCCUCCGAAGACGACGACGAAGAAGACAGCGAGGAGGGCGACGACGACGGCGGCAUCCUCCCGCCGGGCCAGAAGAGUGUCACCAAGUCCCGCAAGCAGAAGGUGGAGAAGACCGAUACCACGGCCUUCCAAUCUCUGUUGGCUGCGGGGGUGGCCUCGGGGUCCGAGCCCAGAGACCUGCUGACCCUUUACCUCCUGAACCAGAUUAUGUCCCAGCAACGGUCCAGGAAGAAAAAGAAGAAGCACGCCUCAUCCUCAACCGAGCUCCUUGGUGGUUCCAGCAGCGACGAGUCCGACAGCGACAGAGAAUCUGGCGACGGCAAAGGUAUGAAAGCUGUCUCCUCGCUGCAUCGCCUUCACGAUCAAAUCCUUCGGAAGCCGAGGCGUGUUCGAGAGAUAUUCGAAGCCGAGGUGGUGAAGGAAUUGGGCGUGGUGUCGGGCCAAGCAUGGACCUUAAAGGACUGGGUCAAGAAGCAAAAUUGGGGCCGCUUCAGGGGUCUCUUCAGGACGGCUAUAAUGGACGUAGCUGUGUACGAACAGUUGAGGGCAGGAAAAGCAGAUGUGGCACAGGCACAGUUGAUUCAAAACCUCAAGAGCAAAGUCCAAGCUGUGCUCGCCAAUGGCGAUUGGGAGACGGCCUGGCUGCUAACAGGCCUCGCGGAUCCACUGCAGAGAAAAGAUUUCUCAGGCACGAAAGAAGAGAUGGCGAUUAUCUCUGGCUACGUGGAUGCGAUGACUCGCCUGAAGAAGCGGGUCAAGGAGGCGCAAGGUCAGGCAGAGGGCGACGACGACGAGGGCGGCGCCGGCCUCCGCAAGCACCCGAAGCUGGAGAGCCCUAAUUCGUCAAAAUUUUUCCGACACAUGACCUGGUUCGAACGUGUCCAAUGUGAUUUGCCAGAGCGGUCUGGCGAUGAUGUUAGGCUUUUUCCAUGUGCUCUUCCGUAUCCUGAAGUCUUGCGGCUCGAGACGGCAGUUGAUGAGAUCGAGGCACGGCAGAUUUGGGCUAUGCAGUUGUUGAACACCUUCAUUGCAUGGUCUAAUUUUGUGGUGCUGGGUUGUCCGGAUGGAGCAUGUGCGCCGCAAGUGACUUAUCGUUCGGCAUGCGAGGCUCGGAGCUUUGCUGAUAGGUUGCUUCGUGAGGCCAUUGAAUUCGCAAGUCCCGACUUGGUCACUGGUCGCUUGACAUGUGCAGGUAAGAGAGCGACUGUGGAGGCACUCCUUGAACAAGUGGGCUCUUUUGCGGCUGCAGGUUACAUUGAUCCUGUUCAGGUGGAUUCCGCUUCUUCUACGGCAUUGCCGGUCACGGCAGAACGUGUGGCUGUGCCCGAGAGAGCGGGGCGAGUGGAUCCUCUGGAGUGGUUGCCGGAGGCCCAAGCACGGGUGGUGGCAGACCUCGAAGGGUUGAGAAAAGAACCGCACCUUUGGGAGGAGAUCUGUCAUGCUUGCCAUCGAGUUCCGGAAGGCGGCGAGGCAGAGCUGGCACAGAAGCUCCUUGACACGGACAUGGCAGUUCUAGUUCCUGAGCAUGAGCUACCACGUGAUCGGCGUGGCAAGUUGAUGCAGGGGGGGCUUUUCUGUGUUGAGAAGAAUGCGCAGGAAGACCGCCUCAUCUUUGACCGGCGGCCGGAGAAUGCCACGAUGCCGAGGGUUGACUCGCAUGUGGUGGAGCAGCAUGGCCUUGAUCCAGCAGUACCUCACCGAUUGUGCUUUCGAGUGCUGGGUAUGGGGGACCGCAAUGGUUGCGCAAUUGCCCAGGCCACUCACGAGGCUAUCCUCAAAUCGGUGGGCCUGCUCGACCCUCAGGAGACUCUAGCGUAUGGUCGUACAGUUCCAGCGGGUGAUCUAUGGCAAGGUGUGUACUUGGAUGAUUUGCUCAUUGCUUCUCGCCAGACCCUUGCUGACCCCGUCCCCCUUGAUGGCACAUUCAUUCCGCCGAUUGCUCAGGCCAGCGAUCCGGACAUGGUGCUCACCAAGGCGGCUGAGGCAGGAUAUGAGAAGGCCAACCUGGAGCGAGCUUUGCAUAAAUCCUUCCGAGCUCUGACCCAGUUCAAGGCUUGGGGAGGCGAGAUAGAUGGAGUCAAAGGUCGAGCGGGAGCCCCAAAGGAAGUCCGUCGGCAGGUAUGGUAUCUAAUUUCCUUGGUGGUCGCUCAGGGCUGGGCAUCGAAGGCGGUUCUCCAGAAGAUCAACGGCUUUUUAGCGUUUGCCUUUCAAUUCAGGCGCGAGCUCUUUUGUUUGCAACAUCAUGUUUACCACUUCGUGAGUGAGAUGCAUGCUACCAAGUGGGUUCGUCUACCGGGAUUCGUCAUCGAUGAGCUGCGCAGUUUAAGUAUUCACCUUGUGUUCGCAGAGUGGAACAUGCGUCGCAGGGUGAGUUCGUCGGUGUUGGCCACUGACGCUACACCAACGACAGGCGGAGCAGUACGUGCUGAUGCUCCGGAACCCCUUGUUAAAGAAUUGUGGCGGCGCUCUGAAAUCCGAGGUGCUCCUGUCCGGCUUGACCGCUCUGACGAUGCUGACAUGACUGAGGCUCCCAUUGAAACGUCCCACUUUGCUAGCACGUGUGGAGAAUGUCUGCCUUGGUCGGAAGUUGCCAGGUACACUUUCAGGGAGACGAGCCACAUCAACUUGCAAGAGGCCCGGGCUUUGCGUCGGGAAGUGUGCAAGCUGGCCUCAAAGUUCGAAAGUGGCGGACAGAUUCAGGUUUGCCUCAAUGACUCCAUGGUCUGUGUCUGUGCCUUUGCUAAGGGUCGAUCCUCAUCUCGGAAAUUGAACAACAUCCUGCGUGGGCUACUGCCCUGCCUUAUUCUGGGAGAUGUAGUGCUGGCCUUGCUCUGGGUGGAAACUGAGUCCAACUUCGCUGACCAUCCAUCUCGCUUUCGGCCACUGCCUCCUCCUCGAAAACCCCCAGGUUGGCUUCAUUCUUACGGUGUCUUUGGGGCUGACAUGUUCCCUGGUCUGGAGGUCUUUGCUGGAUCAGCUCGCAUCACGGCAGCUCACUUGAAGGUCGGCGUUCGGAUGUUUGAUCCCAUUGAUGAGCUUUGGGGUGGUGAUGCCUUUGACCCAAGGAUCGACUGGCUCAUCAAGUCUCGGGCGGACCUCUACGCCCUGCAGCACAUCCUGAAGGCGAUGACGCCAUCCCUGAGGACGUCGUCUCCGUUGCGGGUGGAGUGGAUGUCUACUCUGCUCGCAGCUUGGCUGGCUUUUGAGGGGAUGUUAAGGCCGGGUGAAGUCGAACGCUUGAUCAUAAAGGACUUCUGUUUUCCGGAAGAUGUCGAGCUCUCUGAAGGCAUCGGCCUUGUCCUCAACAUUCGUCAAGCAAAAACUAGAAGAGUUUGGGCUAGCCAGUUUGUCAUCAUCCGGAGCCAGGUCCUCGUCAGCUGGUUGAAAUGGUGGUGCGAGGGCCAGCGACCAAACUCGUUCUUCCUUCAGGUGAGCCGUCGUAAGUGGGCCGUACUGUUUAAGGAGGUGAUGGAGUCGUUGCAACUGGAGAAAUGUGGCUUGACCUUAGGCUCUUUGCGUGGUGGAGGUGCCUGCCACCGGUUCAGAGUGGAGCAGAACUUGGGCACCCUCCAGUUCGCAGGCCGUUGGCGGCGCCCUGAGACCCUACGCCAUUACCUCCAAGAGGCGCUGGCCAUUCACACGUUGGCGCAUGCGCCUGCGGCAAGUCGAGAGUUACUUCGCCUGAGCCGGGCGCUCCGUGAGCUGGCUGCCGCUUUGGAAGAGGAAGACGGUGGCUGGGAAGUGGUUUCCGAGUUGGGGGCUGCUGGUACGUCAGGUUCGGCUGGCUCAGGCUUGGCUUCAAAGGACGCUGAGUCAGUCCGAAAGCGGGGGAAGGCCUCCGAGGGGGUGACCGCCAAGGGUGCUGGAGCCGGUUCGCUCAAGCCAGAGCAGUGCGAAGCUUCUGGAGAGAAGAAGGCUGGCGCGCCUGUGUGUGGAUCGACGGUAAGUUACCACCAAGAUCUGCGCCACUACAUCGUGCUUGAGUGCCCGGGUCGACCCGGCUUCAUCGGAUAUACGUGUGGGCCAGCUGCUACAACAUGGAAGCUGUUGGAGAAGCAGCUCCCAGGCGGCCGGUUAUCCGGCUCACGGGCACGCCUUCGACGCGUACAAGACCGUCGUCAAGCAGAAGACCUGUGGGCCGUCAGCUACCCGAACGGGGCGGCCUCAGCUCUUGGUGGAGAGCCAGUGGACAAGGAUGGCCGUUCCGCCGCUCAAGUGCUAGAGGAUCCUGCUGGCAUGGCACAGGCUGCUAGGUGGCGUUCAGGGAACGCCACCCGCAGGAUGACUUCGAUGCUGUGCCGCAUGGCCCAGAACCUUAGAGGAUGGGUGACUGGUCCAACGCGCAGCUCCGACACCGUUCUCCAAGAGCCGUUGCCGGUACGACCCCGACCUCUUCGUGGCCAGACGGGCAACCAGGCGGGAGCGCCUGCAGCACAGCGUGGCUGGUCGUGGUUUCCCUCGCGCUGGAGAUGGUGGAUGUUCAUCCUAGUGAUGGUGGCCGUCUUGUUUCCCAGGAUAGUGGCGCUGCUUUUGGCACUGGUGAUUCGGCUCAUCACCCGUGCUUUCCUGUCGCUGACAAUGCAUGUCUUCAAGGAGGUUUGGUCCCAGGCCAUGAUGGCGGCGGCUGAAUUUGAGGAGGGCAUUGCUCAGUGGCUUUACAUGCAGCUGGGAUUAGUUGUUCCCAUUGCACCAGCUCAGCCGCCUCUAUUGACAAAUGGAGGGGCAGCAUCCACACCUCCAUCAACACCUAGUGCUGGACAGCCCCACCCUACCCGCCCUAUCGAUGUCCUCCUGGUGCUGAUGCUCGGCCUGGGUCUUCGGCGUCCUCCACAGAAUGGGGGGAAUGGGGGAGAUGCCAGGUGA